AUGGCGGGCUGGUGCUGGUUCUGCCGACGACAGGUUUGUGCUGGUUCGUGCUGGUUCUGCCGACGACGGAGGACGACGGCGGGUGCUGGUUCUGCCGACGACAGGCUCGUGCUGGUUCGUGCUCGUGCAGCAGCUCAGCCUCCGCCGUGCCUCCGCCGCUCCUCCGCCCCUGCUUCUCAUCCAAAGCCACCCCAGGUAGCCUUGUUUCUUCAACAAACCCCGACCACCACCACUGACCUGUUCCAGCUCCGGCUGCCGCAGACGUCGCGACCCAACCACCGCGGCCACCGCGUGACCAUCAUCACCAUCCCUGCCAACGCCCAAUUACUCCACACCACCAUCUCCAAAGACUCCUCCUCCGGCCACCCCAUCUCCGCCCACACCUUCCCGUUCCCUUCCAAACAAGUCGGCCUCCCCGACGGCCUCGACAACUUGUUCAACGUCUACGACUUCGACACCGCCACCAAAAUCCACACCGGCAUGCACCUCCUCCGAGAAAAAAUUGAACAAUUCAUCACCGCCAACCCCCCCGAUUGCAUCUUCUCCGACAUGUUCCACCCUUGGACCGCCGACCUCGCUAUCAAACUCCGAAUCCCCAGGAUCGUAUUCCCCGCCACCUGUAUCUUCGCUAUGUCCCUCAAGGACUCCAUGAGAAAACCUGACUCUCCUCACCUCUCUGUUCAGUCUGACGACGAACCCUUUUUGAUUCCGGGUCUUCCUCAUCCGAUCACCAUGACGAAAUCUGAGCUUCCUGACUACGUUCGGACCCCAAACGGGUAUACCCAGUUGAUGGAACAGUUCAGAGAAGCCGAGCUGAAAAGCUAUGGAGUUUUGGUUAACAAUUUCUACGAAUUGGAGUCUGAUUACUGCGAACACUAUAAAAAAAUCAUGGGUCACAAGGUCUUUCACGUUGGUCCGGCGGCUCUCAUUCAUCGAAACGCCGCCGAACAGGCCGAUCGAGUCCACAAGGCGGUGGUCGGAGAGCACGAGUGCCUGAGUUUUUUAAACUCGAAGAAACCCAAUUCAGUCCUCUAUGUCUGCUUCGGAAGCGCGUGCAUUUUCCCCAGUGAUCAGCUCAUGGAAUUAGCUUCCGGAAUCGAAGCCUCGGGGCAUCAGUUCAUCUGGGUGGUGUUUGGGAAAGAGGAAAACGAAAAUGAGGAAGAAAAAAACAAGUGGUUACCAAAAGGGUUUGAAGAGAGGACCAAAGGUAAAGGUAUGAUCAUCAGAGGUUGGGCACCGCAGGUGCUGAUCUUGGACCACCCAUCAGUUGGUGGAUUUUUGACUCACUGUGGUUGGAAUUCUGUGAUUGAAGGUGUAAGUGCAGGGUUACCAUUGAUCACAUGGCCUCUGUAUGCUGAGCAUUUUUACAAUGAGAAAUUGGUGACUCAGGUGUUGGGGGUUGGGGUGGAAGUGGGGAAGAAGGAUUGGAACUUGUGGAUUGAUGCUGGAAAGAAUUUGGUGAGGACAGAGAAUAUAGAGGCCGCCGUGAGGAGGGUGAUGGACGGCGGUGAUGCGGCGGUGAUGAUGAGAAAGAAGGCUAAAAUGUUGGGAGAGAUGGCACAGAAAGCUGUUAAAGAAGGUGGGUCCUCUCAUACAAAUUUGACCGUUUUGAUUGAAGAGCUUGAGCAACUAAGAGAUCAAAGGGCUAACGAUGUUUAAGGAUUACAUUUUGUUUCGGUUGAUUGUCUGUGUCUUUUGUUCUUCACUGCUUAUUAUAUUUUGUUGAAAUAAAAGUAUCUGAUAGGCUUUUAUCCA